UAUUGGAAUGUUUAAUACCUGAUUUAAACUUGAUUCUUGGUAAACAUCUUGCUCGCACUGUAUUUUCAUAUCAAAUCUGAGCAAGAUAUCGACAUUUGAAUACUGGUCUAUCCAGAAACGACAGCCAGUUUACAAGCGAAAUCGCAGCGGAGAUCAACUUGAGAAAAAUUCCACAUUCACAAUUUUACUUCCUUUGUCGCAUGAGCUGUGAAAUCUUCCGUGAAGUUCGGUGAUAAUGCUAGAGAAAAAAAUUAAUGCAUCAGCUGAAGUGACUGUGCUUGAAGACGGAAAAUCUGAAAAUUGGACUGUGCAGCCGUCCUAUGCGGCUCAACAUUGCAAGAACUUCAUCAGGGAUAUCGUCGAUAAUUUGAAUUUGCAACCAAAUCCUGAGAAGCCAGUAAUAGCGUUGUCUUUAGGUGAUCCCUGUGUCUACGGAAAUCUUUCACCAGCACCUGAAGUUGUUCAAGCUGUAGCUGAUGUCCUUGUUGGUGGUCGCUCCAAUGGGUACUUCCCCAGCGUUGGACAAGAAUGUGCUCGUCAAGCUGUCGCUGAGUAUCUGUCUGUAGAUGGCGCUCAAAUUUCUCCCAGUGAUGUGAUUCUGUGUAGCGGAUGUUCCUCAGCUUUGGAGCAUGCUAUCACAGUCCUUGCAUGUGGGAAAAAGGGCCACAACAUUUUGAUACCAAGGCCAGGGUUCCCUAUCUAUAGAACAUUGGCUGAGGCAAUAGGAGUUGGAGUUAGAUACUACAACCUGCUGCCUGAACAAAACUGGGAAGUCGACUUGUUCCACCUGGAAUCCCAGAUAGACCACAACACAGCAGCGUUGGUGAUCAACAACCCCUCCAAUCCUUGCGGAAGCGUUUGGUCUGAAGCCCACUUGAGGGCUGUCAUGUCCGUGGCUCGACGCAGGAGGAUUCCAGUCAUUGCCGAUGAGAUUUACGAAAGACUGGUGUUCCCCGGGGAAAGUUUUAUCAGUGUUGCUGCAUUGGAAGCUGGGGUUCCUACACUGAUUUGUGGAGGUCUGGCAAAGAGGUUCUUGGUGCCGGGCUGGAGAUUAGGCUGGAUCGUAGUCCAUGACGAAACCUCGGCCCUACACGAUAUCCGAUCUGCCUUGGUCCGCCUAACUCAGCGAACCAUCGGUUCCUGCACCCUGAUCCAGGCAGCUCUUCCAGCCAUUUUGCAGCAAACCCCAAUUACCUUCCACUCAAACUUAGCCAAAACGUUGCAACGACAUGCUCAGUUAGCCUACGAAUGCCUCAAGAAGGCUAAGGGCCUCACGCCCUACAUGCCUCAAGGGGCCAUGUAUAUGGUGGUCGAGGUAGACAUGAGUGGGUUUCCGAUGUUUAGUGGGGGAUUGGAGCUUGCCGGGAGGAUGAUGGAGGAAGAGUCUGUUUUUUGUCUGCCAGGAGAGGUUCGCGUGCCUCUGGUGUGAUCAUCUGGAUAUACCUGGAGCAGCUAUCAGACGAUUCUAUGACGAAGCACUGGGUACCUCACUAACUUUCAGUGGAUAUCGGUUGGGUAUACAGGUAUUAAAUGCAUAACCUUAGAAUGCAAUAUCCAGAUUCUUGGGUAUAGUCGGACAUCUGGAUAUACAAAUAGAUGACCAUUCGAAGUGUAUGUUCGCCCAAUGAGUAUCCACCAUGGAUAUCUAAUAGACAACCACGGGUCUGCUCUCUGGGCAUACUUUGCCAAAUCAUCUGAUGACAAUACUCUUAGAACGUGUGGAGGUCAUUCUUAUGCUGGGGCUACAUUAGCGGGCUACGGCGAAUAUUCGGGCUACGGCGAUGUGUGUGGCCGGGUACAUCGUUACAACGCGGUGUAUUCGGGCGAAGACGAUGUAACAUCGGGUGGCUGUCGGUAAACUAGCACGCAUCAAAGGGACGUAUCGCGACAAUAUUCGCAUGUCUGGCUACACCUGCGUUACUUCAGGGUCGUCCAGACUUUGAAGCGAGACGGAUGUGCGUGUGUUUUGCAGAGAUAAAAUAUAUUUGGCCUAGGUGUUUUUGUACACUGUACGAUGGAGUGGAAUAACGAAAAAGUGUUGGAGUUCAUUCAGUUUUAUGAAACAGAAAAUAUUAUAUGGAAUCCUAGUAACCCAGACCACAAAAAGAAGCAUUUGGUACAUGAUGCGUGGACGAGAAUUCAAAAUAGGCAAGAAAUGAAGAGGAAAAAAGAUUCUUUGAUGUCGUACUACAGAGCUCAUCUCAAUAAAAUAAAGAAAUCAAUGAGGUCAGGCGCUGGCACCGACGACAUAUAUCAAACAAAUUGGUUCGCCUUUUCGGCUAUGAACAGUUUUCUUCAGCCAAUAUAUGAUUGUCGCCGGACUAUCGAUACACAGAAUGAAAGUGUACGGGAAGAGCAUGCAGAACGUGACGAUGAACAUGAAGGGAUUACAGUUAGUCGUAGUGAAGAAGACUCAACUCCAACUCCUCCGAUUAAUUCAAACAUAACAAAUAAGCGAGCGAAUAUUGAUUUUCCUUCAGAAAUAUUACAUGCGAAGAGACAAAUGCAAGAGGCAUUUGAGCACGUGAAAGGCAGUGUCAACGACGAAUAUGAAAUGUUUGGGAAACUGAUUGCUGCUAAAAUAAGAAAACUUAAAAACCCAAAUACCAGAGACAUUCUUAUGAAUGAUAUCCAUAGCAUGGUUAUAAACGCAGGCAUGAUAGAUCGGGUUCACCCAACUCAUCCAUAUCACUCCCAAAUCCAUUCAUCGUUACAUCAGAAUCAAACCUACCGGUCCCCGACUCAUCCAUCACCAUCUCAGUUACCAAAGAACCACACAUAUCACUCUUCAAAUCAAUCAUCACCAUCUCCAUCACCACCGACCCAAACGUACCAGUCUCCGAUCCAUCCAUCGCCAUCGCAGAACCAAACCAUGCCAUCUCAGAAAACAUCACAAUUCGUUAUAUCGGAGCCUGGUGAUAUAGUAUUCAUAUGAAAAUGUAGUAGUUUUGUAGUUUUUUUUAUGGAUGGUAUACCUUUUUUUUAAUAGGAAUGAGAAUAGAAAAAUGUUUAUUUUGUUAUUAAUAAUCGAAAAGAAAAACUCCAUAAAGGUACAUGUUGCUUAGACUAUAGGCACUUAGUGAAAUAAACUGAACUAUGAGUAAAAUAUUGUAUUUUUCUUACCAUAACUUCGUCUUUCAAAACGAUCAAAAUACUUGCACACACUUCAUGUACUAUUUUGGAAAUGAGUUGAUGAGAUAUUUUGAAAAGAUAAUGAAGGCUUCGAAAAUCAUCUCCUGUCGCCAGAUAACGUAGUGUUAUUGCCAAUCGCACUUUUGCAGUAAUUGCUUUUCUGAAUUUUGUAUCUUUUUUGGUGAUUAGUGGUGCGAGCUUUUGUAGUAGUAUUUCAAAGUCAGAUGUCGACAUACGUAAAAAUCCAGGGAAUUCUAUACCGGACUCUGCGG